AGGGUAAUGAUUGAAAAAGCAUACAAAUCUAUCGCCCUCAUCGUCUCUUGACUAGGCCUACCGAUUAGGGCAAGACCGAUAUUUCGCAACAGCAGCAUAUUUCGACAUGUAUUCGUUAGGGGAAAAAACAAUGUAGGGGAAUUGUAAACUGGGCCUCAUUGUUACUUACUUCCUCCUCCCACCCCUUCAAUGCACGAAAAAACGAAACUACACAUUUCUGAAACUACACAUAGUUGGUUCUCGUACUGAGAAGAGAGCGUUGAGGAACUGAGAAGACGUUUCGAUUUACAGUGAGAUUUGGAGAAAUGGCAUUUUAUAACCAGGGACCUUUUUAUAAUCCGAGUCUCCCUUUCACCGGCUCUAUCCAAGGUGGGCUUCAGGAGGGGAAGACCAUCACUAUCACUGGGAGAGUUCACCAUGGGGCAGACAGGUUCCAUGUGAAUUUGCAGUGUGGUUCUAGGGCAGGGGCAGACAUUGCCCUUCACUUCAAUCCACGCUAUGACAGUCACCCUGGAUAUGUGGUGACCAACACCUUGCAGCAAUCCAGAUGGGGGACAGAGGAGCGGAAGCAGCAUUCCCCCUUCCAACGUGGCUCCAGCUUCAGCCUCGAGAUAACUGACCAGAGGGACUUCUUCCAGUUGAAAGUGAAUGGGAACCAUUUCAUGACCUUCAAGCACCGAAUCCCAUUUUACUCAGUGGACACCAUCUCAGCUGAUGGGAAAGUGGAGUUGACCUCCAUCGUCUUCCAGAACCCUGCGCCCACCAUUCCUGCACAGCCAGGAUUUCCGGCACAACCUGGAUUCCCUUCUUAUCCGGGAUUUCCGGCCCAACCAGGAUUCCCUUCUUAUCCGGGAAUUCCGGCCCAACCAGGAUUCCCUUCUUAUCCGGGAUUUCCGGCACAACCAGGAUUCCCUUCUUAUCCAGGAUUUCCCGCACAACCAGCUGUUCCAUACAAGAACAUGAUCAAUGGAGGACUCUACCCUGGACGCACCAUCAACAUCCAGGGAGUGGUUAACCCCAAUGCCAAUAGGUUCCACAUUAACCUACUGUUCAACUCUGGGAUUGCGCUGCACUUCAACCCCCGAUUUGACGAGACCCUAGUGGUACGCAACAGCAAGCUGAGAGACCAGUGGGGAAAGGAGGAGCGCUCUGGUGGAAUGCCCUUCCACAGGGGCCAGGCCUUCACGCUGUCUAUUACCUGUGAGGCUCAGUGCUACAAGAUAGUGGUCAACGGGAAUCAGACGAGCACCUACAAACACCGCCACACCCUCCUCCAGCAGGUCAACAUUCUGGAGGUGGAUGGAGACCUCAGUUUGACCUCUGUGAUGGUUUAGUGCUGUGGGUCACAACUGUCUUUGGUGACCUAGCCACUUGUUUCAUUUUGUGCCACCUCUGACCCAAACCAUUUGUAUUUUUUGAUCUCUUCUUGCUAUGAUAAAAAUGACAUGAACUUUGUUUUUUUUACUGCUUUCACUGCCUGUUAGAUUAUCUCACUUGCAAAUGUAUUAUUAGUCAGUGCUGUGCCAUCGACUUCAAGGAUGAGAAAUGUAUUCCUGUUUGUUAUAAAUCACAGUAGAAAGCCAUUAGAAAUCACAUUGAUUGCUUUAGCCAUCAUUUUUGUAGCGCUAGACAAAUCCUUAAAUCAUUAUUAUUUUGUGACAUAAUGCCAGACCUGACGUUACCUAUCAUGAGAAGUACCCUGAGGACAUUGCCUGAUAAUUCCAUAUGUAGCCUUGUUCAUCACCAGUAGUCUCUAUGCUCUUUUCUAUAAAAAUCUGAAGAUAUAUAUA